UCCACAGUGUUAAUUCUAAAGCAUCGAUCUCGCUCGAACGGUUUUGAAAUAGUGAAAGCAAGUCAAAAGAAAAGUCUUUAUUAAUUUGAAAAUUACUAUUCUUCACAAAAACAGAUAAUUACAUUUACUUUCAAUUGAUUUUUGUUUAUUUAAAAAACUGAUGUUUUUGUUGAACUUUAUCAUUGAAAACUAGUGCGUUCAAACAAAAAUUAGUCGUGAUGACUUAAUAAGUUUUAAUGGUUGGUCUUAAAAACUGUAAAUAUUUUAUAAUAUGAAAUAUUAUUUAUUAACAACAGAAAGAAUUCACAAGUCCGUUCACAGUGAUCUCGAAAGAUAUUUUUAGUUUUAUGCACUUUGCCAUCUAUGAGUUUCAUGUUUCAAGCCACUCAAAAUUAUUAUCAAUAAUUAUUUUGCAAUAAGUUGACUGAUUAUAAAUAAAAGCAUUGGUGAAUGCUAUAUCGUAAGAUUAUAGAUUUUCAUUGAGCCAAUAGUAUUAUUCUCAAUUUCAUAAUUUGAAUAACAUCAACAUUGUGCUUCACUUUGUAACGAGACAAAAUAUAUAGAAGUUUUACGAGGAUAUGAAGCGAAUACUGAAUAUACUAAUAGAUAGAAAACUGGAAAAGGGUACAAGACUAGGUCCGAUGAUGAUACUCUUACUGUGCUUAAUCACAAGUCACUAUGUAAUUGCUAUGCCUUAUCCUAUACCUCCGGGAAUGAUUUAUAGAGAAGAUUACGGACUAGAAGAACCUAAUCAAAUGCUAGUUGAACGGUUAAAACAAAUAGUAGAGCGAAAAGAAGAAAAAAUAAAUAGAGAAAUAGAUGAGUUAGCUGAAGACCAGAUGGAAAUACAAGCUCUCAUUGAUGCUAAAGUUAAAAGCGAACAAGAGCAACGAGAUUCAGAAGAAGAUCCAGAGAGUUUACCAUUACCAGCAGCUAUUUAUCAUAAUGCACCUCUACGUUCUGGAAAACGGACUAGCUAUAUGGCACUCUGUCACUUUAAAAUUUGCAAUAUGGGAAGGAAAAGGCAGAUGUAGAAAAAUGAAUAUAUGGCGGAUUUGAAAAUUUAAUUUCUUACAAUUGCUAGAAAACUAAUAAUACACUUUAAAAGUAUAAUAAAAUUUACUUAUGAAACGUACUAUUUUCUUCAAAAAUGAGUACAUUCGGAAAAGAUUAUAAAAUUUUAAUAUUGGACGGAUCGUACAUACACGUUCUUUCAAUCAAUAAAUAUCAUUAUAUUAAUAUAGUUUGCACACACUCGACACAGUUUCAAAAAACAAAGUAAAUACAUUUUAGACAAAUUUAUUAAAUGUCAUACCAUUUCUCUCUUGAAAUGUGAAUUUUCAAAAAUGAAAUAGUGACAAAUAUGUAGAUAUUUCUGUUUUUAAAUCUAAUUUUUUUUUCGAGUAAUCAUUGUAUUAAAAGUAUUAUAAAGUUAUCUAGGAUGUACAGUUGAAUUGAAAAAUGGAAAUGAGCAUUGGAAAAAUAAUCUUAUAACAAAAUGUACUUUAAGUAUCUCACAGUUUUAUUCAAGUGCUAUCAAUAUUUAAAACGAUAGAAAUGAUUAUUAACAAUAUUUAUCUUAUUUUCAACUCAUAAUAAUAGGAGGUGCUUACGUGAUUGGACAGUUGAAGCUGAUUUUAACAAGUACAUUUUAUCAUAAAUAUGUACUCAAGAUACAAUAAUUUAUAGUUAAAAAUUUUCAUAAACUCAGUUUUUAACAAGCUUCAUUUUUUGAUUAUUUGAAUAUUAGCAAAGUCGAUUAUUUUACUACGAUUAUUCCAGGAUUGAAACUUUCGAGAGUGCUUUGACAAUAUUGUAUAUACACUGAUCAAGUUUAUAAUUUACUCAUAAAAAAUCAAUUUGAAAAUUUUAAUAAGGUUAAAGAUAUCGCUCAACUAGUAAAAUUUUGCUUUCAAUUUUCAAGAAGAAAAUACGAGCGGCAUUGUCUAAUUGGAUUGGAUGAAUUUACAGCAUAUGGUAGUUGUGAAACCAAUUCAGAUCUAAAAUCAACUUAUUGCGUGUUCAAUAUUUCGUGAAAAAUGUAUUUAUUUUGAUAAAUAUUAUAAAAAGGGUGCAUAAGCUCAAUAAUGAUUAAGACUUAAAUUAGAUAAAUGAAAAAUUCAGUAUUUUACAUAAAAUACAUAAAUACAUUCUAUAAGAGAAUAAGUGAAUGAAAAGUAUGAAAGGUUGAAAAACUUCACGAUGAUACAUAUUAAAAGUAGGAAUAUGUUAUCAAAUAAAAAGAGCUAAUAAACAUAUACUAACUUAUUUUAACUAGACGUGAGGUCAAAUCGUAUGACCUUGAGAUGUUACUUUUUAAAUGAGUAUAACAGAUUAGAAGCCUGACUGUGUGAAUGCGAAGAAGAACGCAAGGCAGAGCAUGAAAAUAAUUACUACUAAUGCUAAUAAAAUUAAGAGAAUUAAGAAUGCAGAUGCCGCCUGCACCCUUCGUCAAAUAAGUUAUUUAUUGUGAAAAUUACACUUGGCUAGAUUGUAUCAAUUAUCAUAUAUACAUUUUACAAGAAAUUUAAUAUAUUUAUUUGCUUAGCUUACAUUGCAACUAAUAUUUUCGGAUUCGUUCAUUAUUUUAUAGAUAGUUCAUAUCACUUUGAACUACCUAUAAAAAUAUGUAUGUAAAUUAUUAAUUAUAUUAUUUUAUAAUCAAUAUUUUGAUUUUUAUUGAAAGUAUUACCCACGUCCUGUUGAAAUCUAGAUUUUGUUCUUUGUAAUUUUAUAUGAAUCUUUUAACUAUUUAAAACGAACAACAGUUUUUCUUACAAUUGAUUAAUUAGAGCUUGACUUGACAUAAAAAAAACUUUUUUUUAAUGGAUUUAAAAACGUUAAUUAUUUUUUAUUAAUGCAUUAAUUUUUGAUUAAAGAAAAUUGGUAGUUAAGAAAUUAAUUAAGAUUUGUUGGAUUAUGGUCUAAUUAUGAUGUUUUGCUCAAGAACAAUCAUUUUAUACAUCAUUAUUUCAAUUUUUGAAAGAUAUUUUAUAAAUUAAAUGCGAAAUUAGAAUGAAUAAAAAAUUUCAUACGAUGUGCUUUAUUUGUCCGACCAAAAUCAAACGUCUACUGUGACGUACUACGCCAUCUGCGAACAGUACGUGCUUGUACUUGUACUAUGAGCAUAAUAACCUAAUAUUCUAAUACCAGCUGUAUGUACACAAUACGAUUUAGCGUUUUAAAGAGUAGGGUAUUACUAAAUAACUGUCUGGAAGAUUAAAAUACUUAAUAUCUUUAAUAAAAUAGUGGAAUAUUUAUUAACAACAACUAUAUAUGAUUUUAUUUCAGAAAUAAUCAAUUAUAACCUUAAAUUAGCUUUUUUAGUAAUAACAUAAUACACAAAAUAAUUACUUACUUUA